UCCAGAUGGAAUAUCCGAAAGAACAGAGCAACACAAGAAAGGGUAGACACAUGCUUCCAUCGGAUCUUUUCUUUCUUGAUUCCCAAAUAUAUCUGAACAUUUGGGAAGAAGGUAAAAAAAUAAGUCUCUUGUCUUAAACGAACCAGUCUCAAAAUUUUACAACACUUUUCCCCAGAAGUAUGGAGUUUCAGGGAGCAAGAGAGAACAACAUGGAGGAGGAGGAGGAAGCAGCAGAGGAGAGAAUAUAUGUUGCUGUAGGGAACGAAACUGCCAAGAACAGGUCAAAUCUCACAUGGGCUAUAGAUAACUCUGAAGGAAGCAAGAUCUGUAUCGUUCUUAUUCACCAACCUGCUCAAAUGAUUCCUGUUUUGGGUACCAAAUUUCAUGCUGCAACGGUAGAUGAAGAGUUAGUGAGAGCAUACAGAGAAAAAGAAAAGGCCAACACAGACAAGAUUCUUGAUGAGUACCUUAGAAUUUGCCUGCAGAAAAGGGUCCACGCAGAGAAGCUGUGCGUUGAAAUGGACUCGAUAGAGAAGGGAAUAGUGCAGAUGAUUUCUCAGAACAGAGUCAAGAAGUUUGUAAUGGGAGCAGCUGCAGACAAACACUAUUCAACGAAAAUGGUGAAUUUGAGAUCGAGGAAAGCCAUCUUUGUCUGCCAACAAGCAUCCGUGACUUGUCACAUUCGGUUUGUCUGCAAAGGACAUCUCAUCCAUACAAGGGAACCUAUAAUAAAUGAAGUCCAAGCCCUCUUAUCUAGCGAGGUGGAGGAAGGAGAAGAAGAAGAGGAGAGAAUAUCAAGAACCAGCUCAUGUCGGUCAGCUAGUACAUCGUCAUACUAUGGAGGAUCUGAAGCUUCAUCAAGUAUAGAUAUAGAUGAAGUUUCAUCAAUUAUAACGGAAGAGACAUUAUCAAACCACUCACCUCCUCCCUCUUUACCUUGCAGCGGGAUGGGACUAGGCAUGAUAACCUUCCUGAUCAACUCCACCAAACUCUUGCAUAGGCUUGCCAUCCAAAACCAAAAGCAGCCUGAGUAACCCCACCCUUACCUGAAAAGGUGCAAAGAUCUUGAUCAUAUGUGUAAAUACGACGUAUGUAGUAUUUGUACAGCCCAUUCGCGUUAGAUGAAGCUGAUGAUCAUGUUAUGGGAGACUUGUGAUGCUAAAGACGUUUCUUCAUAUUUAUAACAUGCAGUUCACCUUUAUUUUA